AUGGAUGCCAGGGGUUGGUAUUUCUGAAAGAAACAAGUUUUUCUAACAGAAAUGGAAGAGAGAGCGGUAAUUGGUAAUAAACUUCACAAAAAAUCAGAUCUGUGCAGUUAGAAUACUUAUCAAGUCCCACAAAAUGAAAAUUGAAGAAAACGAGGGGAAUUUCAAAUUGUGAUGAGAAAAUUUGUGACUUCCUGAUACAUAUCUUUUUCCCUGGAAAAGCAGAUUUUCUGGAAGUAGUUUCGAUUUUUUUGUAUAGAUGAUAAGAAAUUCCAAGCUCUACAAAACUUCUUUAAAAAGUUCUGAUUGGUAAAAAGUUUGUGCACUCUAUGAAAAAUAUUCAGAAAAGUGAAGAGUUUCCUGAAAUAAUUCAAAAUACUUACAGCGGUCCAAUCAGAACGAGACAAGCACAAGAAAAAGCCGAAUUCGAUGGAAGACGACCUGACGUCGCCAUUCCAAGACGUUCCCAUGACGUCACCGACGGCUUCGACGUCGUCGGCUGGAUGUUCUGCGGCCAUGACGACGUCUUCGGCUGAUGCUAGGCUUUUUGCUCAUCACGUCCCAGGUUCCUUCCUUUUUCAAAUUCAUCAAAGUUUUUGAAGUCCUAACAGUAUUUUUUCAUCACCUGAACAUAAUCUUUCGGAAAUUUCAGGGGUUGUGAACCGUUUCAACGUUCCACUGAAAGAAGAAGAUGACGAAGUCGUAGAAAUUCCCCAAACUGGUCCCUCAUCCAGUAUCGUGAAGCACCUGUUGAAUUUGGUAGGAAGUGUUAAUAAUCCGAAGAAAUUUUGAUGUUUAAUAUCUGUCUUGUGAAAUUAGAUUGACUUCAUUGCUUGAAAAGAAGAUAUUUGGAAGUUAGAAUAUAAUGAAAAGCUUUCUCCAUGGAAAAAAUUAAGAUUGAGACAUCAUUUCUAACGUCCGCGAGGUAGUAGGUUCGUGUUCCCCCGAGGUCGACCAAGCCUUUCAUUCCUCCGCGGUAGAUAAAAUUGGAAGCUGCAGGCAGCGAAAAGGCUCAAUUUCUGCCAUCGGCCUUUGGAAAGCCGGCACCGUACUUCUUCCUACGACCUCUCUUGUACCUUAUAUCAUUUUUAAUCUUAAAAUGUGAUUAAAGGUGCUUUCAAACCGACCCUUCUUAUGCGUAUAAAUUUGAAAUUACGAGAAGUGAAACUUAAUUUUCAUAAGUUUUUAGGAUUUAUAUUCGAAAAAGAGCCUAGAAAGAAAUAGAGAUCAACACUUGAUAGCCAGUCGGUCUAGUCUCUUGGAAUGCGAUCUCUUUGAAAGAUCUUAUUAGUCAAAUUUGUUCAGUUCUUAUUUUUCAUUUAUUUCAUAACAAAAACUUCGCGAGAGUUUUUUUAAGCGCGAAAAAAAUUUUUUUAAGAUAUCCUUUUUCCUGUAAGUUCGAACAGACUCAUAGAUCUGAAAAAUGCUCCAAAAAAAUGUCUCUCAUUUUUGUUAGUUUUUUACAAACAAAAAUUUUUUUAUAUAAUGAUUUAAAAAAAUGUUUCAGGAAAGAAGGACAGACAAUUUGGUAGACGAGGACUGCGACAUGAUAAGUACCCAGUUCGACAAACUCUGCCGCGUCGACGUCACUAUAGAAGCUGCUUUCAAUCAACCCGGCUUGGUCGCCAAAAGGACACCGGUUAGAUUGGAAAAGAUUAUUUAAAAAAAAGAACUAUUCAAAAAGAAACAUCACUUGAAAAAAAACUCUUUUCCUUUUUUCAGAUAAUUUUUCAAAACCAAGACUAGUCCACUGUAGGAAAAGUUUGAAAUGUUGGUCUCAGAUUUGAGACUACAGUAUUCUUCUUUUCCCGCACAUCCAAAGAUAAAUGUUUAUGGUUUGUUCUCGAGACCGAUUUGUCUCGUCACGCGAUCAGAUUCUCUCUUUUUCUUCUCUUUUCACACCCAAAAUGGGUCCAAUGACGUGAUGUCCAAAGAUGGUAGCGAGUUCAAUGUUCCUUGACUUUUUUUUUGUCGAAUCGGAAGUGGUGGCGACCAAAAAGUGAUAGCCUUUUGGGGGGUCGUUUUAGAUGUGUCUGACAAGUUUUUAGGUUUUGAGGGGCUUAUGAGUUUCCGAAAUACCAACACUCAAUUAAUUUUGCUGCUGGCAGGUCUUCUGAAGUGUUUCUAAAAUAAAUGAAUAAUUGUAAGAUGCAGGUGAUCCAACAAAAAAGCUAGUGGAAGGAAAAUUUUUUCACUACAAGGAAGGUCAUUUUAAUUUACAGUUGGAAAUUUCCUGAAAAUUGACCAUACUCUUUGCAUUGCCAGAAAAAAAAUCCUGGAAGUCUCAACCUGCACAACUUUUCAUUUUUUAAAGAAAGAACACCUCAAAGUCGAAGAAAAACUUUAAAAAUCCGAAAAAAUGGGCCAUUCGGUGCUUCAGGUCCUUAUUUUUCAAAAAAGUGGACAGCUUGAGUCUUUCAUAGUCCUUUCCGAGUACACCAAAGAAUGUUCUGGCCAAUUUUCUAGGAAGUUAUCAACAGUAAAGUAAAGUUACCUUCCUUGUAAGAAACUGUAAAUUUAUUCAGUAGCUUAUAAGUCACAAUGAAUUUUCAGCCCCGAUGGCUUGCCUUGGAGCGUUUGACGACCCUCGAAGACGUCCACAUCGCCUGGUGCAGAUCAUUUGUCCUCUGCCUCGACUGGGCCAAACUCCUCCAAGAUUACACCGUAAAUACUUCGUUUUUGCUCAUUGAAGCUCUUAGAAUGAUGAUCACAGUGAUAGAUCAAGUAAUCAUAUAACAGCUUGAAAGAUUCAGUUGGUUAACCAAAAAAAUUGAGGGUUGAAAAAAGCUUCUGGAGUUAAGUUUUGUUAAAAUACGGAUUUCGCCUUUCAGGAUUUUCUGUCUGCGUUUGCAAAGUCAGGACAUUUUUUACUUUUUUCUUUCCUAAUGUUUUUCUUGAAAAUAUUUCUGAGGUUGUGAGUUAUCGAAAAAUGAAUUUAAGUCAAAGGCGCAUGACCCUUUCCUAGAAGCGACUCUGUAGCCAUUUUUGCGAAUAACUCUUUCCUGAAACUUGAAAAUUUUCGAAAACGGAAUUUUUCAGGACCUCACGCCUCCCGAUCAAUACACGCUACUUCGGAACCGUGUUGUGUCCGUAAAUUGGCUAUGUCACACGUAUAAGGUUGGUUUAUCAAGAAUAGAACCGAAAAAUGGGAAUUUUUCCAGACCUACCAAAGCGGUUGCGACGGGGUCGCGUUGGUCAACGGCAGCUGGUAUCCGCGCGAUAAAAACCUUCAGAAGACUCUCGAUCCGGGGUGGGUUUGUGGGUUCAGCUUUGGUAUUAUAAGCUAUUGAUUAGAUUUCUUCUUCUAGGCUUCCACUAAUAUUGAAGUUAUUUUUUUUUUAGUUAGAGAAGGUGUAAAAAAUCAUCAGGAAUCUGUGGUUAAAAAUAUCCCUAAAGAAACCUAAUUCACGAAAAAAAAACUUUAACUUAUUCAGAAAGGACCAAAAUUUUCAAAAAAUGACUUUUAGGUGCAAUCAUUAUUUCCGGCUCCUGAGCGAACAUUUAAUGGAAGAUUUGGUCGUCCCGAUGCGGGAAAUGAAGAUGGACGAUGGAGAAUUCGUCCUUCUGAAGGCUCUCAUUUUAUUCAAAGCUCGUAGGUUUUUUUCAUACCUACUUUUUCAAGACUAUUCUAUAGAUUUUCUGCUUAUUUUACAGGUCAUAGGAAAAUUGAACGUUUCAACUCUGUGUUAUUAUUCAAAUUGAAUUAAUGUAGACGGUCAUAAUAAUAAGGUAAAUUGAGGCGUUGAUUUCUAAGUAUCUUUUCAGCAUCCGUGAACUAACAAGGGAAUCUUUUUUUAGCCCCUGUUGAAAUUUUGAUGAAAAUUGGUUAAAAUUUAUUUCAGGACUCCCUGACUCCAAAACAAGAAUCAAUUUUUCUCAAUGGGCCUUGUUUUUCAACUUAUAAUUCUUGAAAAAAAUUCAAAAGAAAAAAACUUUUUUCCAGUAUUUGUGUAAUUUGCAGAUUUAAAAAGGCUCCAGAAACACGAUCUAUAGCGAGAAAAUUUUUUUCCUGGAAUUAUAAGGUCCUAAAAUACAUGGCUCCUGAUGAAACAAGUCGCCUGGAGCCGGCCCGAUCCGUGAAACGGUCAAAUUUUCGAAAGAACCAUUUUAUCCUAAUUUAUUCAAGUGUCUGUUUUUCAUGCACUCUCAACGUUUUUGUUCAUUAUCAACUUUUAAGUAUUAUUUUCAGAUCGGCGACUAUCAGAAGAGGGCAAAAUUCACGUAAAUCGCGUCAGGGAUCGUUAUAUCGAUGCCCUCUACCAACACGUCCAAAACCAACACAAGAACUUCUCCGCCAUCGACGUCGCCAUGCGAAUCAGCCGUCUUUUGUUGCUCUUGCCCAGCAUUGAGGUGAAUAUUUAGGAUUCAAAUGAAUUUUUGGUUCAUUGAGGUAUAGAUAUAAUGAAGAAAAAGAACUUGAGUGAAUUGUUGAAUUUUUUGUUAUUAUUUUUCCAAAUAUGUGUCGCUUUUCAUUGUUUCAAUCGUGAAGACUGGAUGGUUUUAUUUUUAAACUUGCUUCAAAUUCUGUUAAUUUUCCCUUGUUAUAACGUAUCCCCUACUACGUCUAUAAGCUGAUUAGAUCUUUUUUUUUCGAAUCAAAAACUUUUUUGUUUGCAGUUGUAGAAGCAGACAGACGCUGAUAAAAAAAAAAACUGAUAAGGCCUGUCAAAUAAACUUUUUUCGCGAAUAUUGAGCUAAAAAAUUUGUGUUUUGAUAAGAGGAUCGUACUAUAGAGAUUAUAGCCUACAUUCAAUAAAUGAGCGAAAUAUUAGAAUGAAACAGUAAAGUGGGGAAAUAAACGGAAAAGUUGUGAAAGUUUUUCUUUCGCCAAACGUGUUUUUUCGCAAGAGUUUGAAAUAUUUAAAAUUUAACUUUUUCUGCUGAUUUUCCCUCAAAGUACUUCCAAGUUUCCUCUGUACUAUCCUGAUAAAAUGUACGGAAUUCCCUGUCUAAAUUUCUCGACCUUCUUUGACUCAAGCUCAGGCACAGUCCAGUUUCUCAGAGCCCAAUUAAAUUUAAACCAAAAGAAUUUUGGUUUUUCAGCAUUUAUCGCAACAAGAAGACGACAACGUUCAGUUCCUGGCGCUGUUCAACUUGGCGAAUCUGAACGGCCUUCCCUACGAACUCCAUUCUUCGAUCAAACAACAUCUGCGACACGACGACGACACUCAGGUGAAGCGUGAUCCUUUUCAAUCACCUUAAAAACAUUAUAAUAUCAUCUUUCCUGCUUGAUUAUUUAAUAAUUUUCGGUUGUAUAUAUGUAUUUUUAAUUAUUUUGGUUUUUUUAAUAAAUCCUUUUUUUCCAAUAGAAAGACGUCAAAGAAAGGCUGGUAAUCAGUUCAGUUUUUUGGUAAAAGAUGAAGUUUUUCAGACAAUAAUUAACUUGCUUAUGCUAGGAUUCAGUUAUUGAAAAGAUUUUCUUCACUAAUCAGAGUGGGUGAAAUAAGUCGCUCAAUUUUUGGUCUCUGAUUCUCAAAAAAGUAUUGAAUGAAAGCAGAUCUGCCUUUUUAUUCCCACCUCACAAGGCGCGAUCGGAAAUUUCAGUCGUUUUCCGACGCCCAUGCAUGUUUUUUUUUUUUUUCCUUUUCCCACUCGCCCAUAUCAAUAAAAACCGGUUGCAAAAUCAAAAAUGAUGUCCUGAAGCGAAAAAAAAAUAUUCGUUUUCCUUUCCCUUCCAACGGAAUCCAUUUUUCGCAGGUCAACGAGGUGACGUCCAACAAUUUCGGGGAAGCGAUGGCGGCGACUUCCAUCGCUCGUUUCGGCGUCAACGACGUCUUGUGA